CGAACUGACGACGUUGCUGAGUGGACGGAUGCAGGCAGCAGGCGUUACACGAUUGUGACUUGAAGAACUGCAUAGCGGUGCAUAUCUGUACGAUCCAGCUGUAGGUAUAUACCCAUAUAUAGAAAAGAAAAGAGAGGGGGAAACUCUCUAGGAGCCCCCAGACAUCGAGAAUCGAGAGAGGGAGAGUCACAAGCAGCCGAUCUCUUGCGACGGUCGGACGUUCCAGACUGCAGAGGGGCAUCAUACCGCCGACCGCCGACGAUCUAUUUCCAGGGGAGCCAAGCCAAGCGCGCACGCCGCCGCACACCGAUCGGAGGCCGGAGCCCCGAGGACGCUCGCAUCUCAGCAUCGCUCCGCACAGAACAGCCGAACAUCUCCCGCAGCUCUCAUCGUACGCUUCGAAAAAUAAACAGUGACAAAAAUGGACUCCGAAGACGAUUCGUGCUACGACGACAUCGAUUCGGGAAACGAAUCGAGCGGAGAUGAGCUCGAAUCAACGGUUAAUCCUCAGGAAAAAGCUAUGGACGUUGACGAGUAUAAGUUUGAAGUUCUGUCAACCGAACAAAUCGUUCAACACAUGGCGGACACUAUAAAGGAAGUCAACACAGUCGUGGAAAUACCGGCCACCACCACUCGAAUUCUGCUCAAUCACUUCAGUUGGGACAAGGAAAAGUUGAUGGAGAGAUUUUACGACGGAGACCAGGAGAAGCUGUUCGAAGAAGCUCGUGUUGUGAACCCGUUCAGAAAAGGUAGCGCGAUCAAUCGUUCUCUGCCAAAUUCACUGUCGUUAAAAUGCAAUUUAGCAAACGAAACAGAGGAAUGCGGCGUUUGUUACCUGACGUUACCCUCGCACAUGAUGAGCGGAUUAGAAUGCGGUCACAGAUUCUGCACUGAUUGUUGGAGAGAGUACCUUCAUACUAAGAUAAUGAAAGAGGGAGUGGGUCAAACCAUACCUUGCGCUGCUCACGAUUGUGACAUUCUGGUGGACGAUGCCAGUGUUAUGCGUCUUGUAGAAGAUUCAGCAGUCAAACUCAAGUACCAGCAUCUCAUUACGAAUAACUUUGUCGAAUGUAACAGGCUGCUUAAGUGGUGUCGAUCACCAAACUGCAACAACGCCAUCAAAGUUCUGUACGUCGAAACCAAGCCUGUCACCUGCAAGUGCAAUCAUACCUUCUGCUUCAACUGUGGCGAAAACUGGCAUGAUCCUGUACAAUGCGACAUCCUGCGCAAGUGGAUCAAAAAGUGCAAUGAUGACUCGGAAACAUCUAACUGGAUCAUGGCUAACACAAAAGAGUGCAGAAAAUGUAAAGCAAUAAUUGAGAAAAAUGGUGGCUGUAAUCACAUGAUUUGCAAAAACAAGUCCUGCAGGGCUGAGUUCUGUUGGAUCUGUCUUGGACCUUGGAAAACCCAUAGCACAUCUAGCUAUUGCAACAGAUACGAAGAAGAAGAUGGAAAAGAGGCAAAGACAGCUCGAGAGAAGUCUCACAAAGCUCUACAAAAAUAUUUGUUUUACUCCAACAGAUAUGCGAACCACUUACAGUCUCUAAAUUUGGAGAAUAACUUGUACAAAAGCGUGAAAACAAAGAUGCAGGAGAUGCAGGAGCGCAAUGUGUCUUGGAUAGAGGUUCAGUUCCUGAAGACUGCUGUAGAUGUUUUAUGUUCGUGCAGACAGACAUUGAUGUAUAGCUAUGUAUUCGCUUUUUAUGUGAAAAAAAAUAACCAAUCUGCGAUCUUCGAAGAUAAUCAACAGGAUUUAGAGAGUGCAACAGAAAUUCUUUCUGGGUAUCUUGAAAGAGACAUCGCUGGUGAAGAUUUAGUAGACAUCAAGCAAAAGGUUCAGGACAAAUACAGAUACUGCAACAGCAGAAGGAAAGUACUUGUAGAACACGUGCAGGAGGGUCGUGAUAAAGAUUGGUGGGAGAUUGUGCAUUAGAUAGUUUAAAGUUAAUUUCAAGUAAUCAAAAGUUCCUAAGAAUCUUACAUAAAUAGAUAAGUCACAAGUAAGUUCUCUGUAAAUGAUUGCUUUUCCAAAAACGUUUAAUACAUGUAAAUGUAAAAAACUGCAGCGAACUUUUCAGACACAAAAUAUGUUGGUCUCUUUUCUUUUUAAGUAUUUUUACUGCAUUGCACAGUAAUAUUUCGUAAUAUUUCUUAAACUACUAAGUCAGUAUGAAUUAAAAUAUUUUUCUCAGUAUCCAUGUUUUCAUUACAUACUGAUAAAUCUACGAUUAUUGUGAAAUCGUUCUUUGCGUUUGUUUUUAUUGAUUUAAUCACUUCUGAUUGUCAAUUUGUGAUUAAUAUAAUUGAAAAAGAAAUGUGUAGUAAUGACCGUUAGACGAAACAAUUUUUAAACUUUGAUUAAUCAUUAAGUAUUUUGCCUCAAAUAAGACUGACUAUUACUAACUAUCGAAAAUAUAAUGUAAAAGAUAUGUUUAAUGAACUUUGUAAUAACAUAAAUCAAUAUGUACUUACAAUGUAGUGCGUUCUUAUAUUUUCAUGAUAAACUCUCAUAACGUUAAUGGAAUAGGGAACUGACAUGAUUUUUAAAACCUUUUUUAAAAUAAAGUUAAGGAUAAAUCUUACACAAAAA